GCAAUAGCUCGUUCAAAUCUACCCACGCCUUUGCUGCGGAUUACUCCCUUUCUUUUCCUGCUACUGUCAUUCUCUCUGUGUCUGAAUACAUGUGCAAAGAGUGCUUGUCAACCCUCCACUCUUCACAUUUCUUGCCUGCUCCUUCGCCUUCGCCGUCGCCGUCGCCAUCGCCGUCGCCCUCGUCCUCUUCUCUUGAUUCCCCCACAAGUCCAGUCUGCGAUGACCUCCUACAGCCAGUAUGAACGGCAUCAUCGAGCCCUUACCCGGCCUCCUUGAUGAUCCUCUAUUUCAAAUCCCUGAUUUGCCUGCUCUGACCAACUUUCAAAUCGCGCCUCUGCGGAAUCCUGCUCCGAGCCGUCACGCAAAUGUCCCUCUGCCUCUCGAGCCUGUUGCCGACAAUAGUCUGGGUAAUGGACGACCAAGCAAAAACGCUCCACAUCCUGUAGAUAGUCCUGAGAGGAGGAAGGCACCAAAAAUCACACCCAACGAUGUCCUUCUCGCACGAGAGGCCAAAAGGCCACACUUGGCUAUCAGCGAGCUGCUGGAAGCCGACCAUGGCCCGGAACCCGUCCCAACAUAUUUACCAUCUUUCAUUAGUUUGGCCGUGGUGGAAAAAUCACCUAUUCAAACACCUUCAUUUCUCGAACACCCUCACUCUCUGAGGCGCUUGAGAUUGGACGCGGACAAUGAGCAUGUCGGUCUUGACUGGACCAGGCAUCUUCCUCCCCCAGCUCAGAAAGAAGAACGCCACAAUAGACCGGCUCCGCUCCUCCCUGCCAUGGUCACAGGACUGCACGAGCCUCCUCCCUCUGCAGCUCUGCUACCGUCCAUGGGCCUUGACUCUCUUCGCGCCGUUGUUGCAGGAUUACAUGAACCUCCUUCUUCAGCUCUGCUACCAUCGAUUGAUCUUGAGCCGAGGAAUGCCACGAUCACAGGACUGCAUGACCCUCAACCUGCAGCUUUGCUGCCAUCAAUCUAUUCAGAGUCGAUACAUACCACGGGCACGGGGCUGCAUGAACCACCACCUCCUCCUGUGGCCCAACUACCAUCAAUUGACCUUGAUCCGAUACAUGCCAUUAGUCGGCCAGUAACAACAUCGAGAAUCCAUGUCAGAGACAUGCUCACUGAGUCUGUCCAGCCAGAUCCUGAACCCUACCUGCCAGAUCCCGAGCCCAAUCAGCCCGACCCUGAGCCCGCCAUCUUAGACCCUGACCCCUACCACCAAGGAUCCGAGCUCUAUCACCCAAGUCCUGAGCCUUAUAACCCCGGUCCUGAGUCCGAUCAGCCAGAUAUAGAACCCGAACCCGAGCCCGAGCCCGAGCCCGUCCCUGUCCCUUCUGGCCCCAUCAUUGAUAGACGGAUUACUUUUACUCGAGCCUACCUCAGGAAUAAUACAGUCUCUCCAGACGAGAUCCGUCAGCGCAUCCCAAAGGUGAUCCAUCCUGUCUGGAAGGAGACAACCAGAAAGAGCUUCAAGCGUCGAACUAGGCGGAGAUGGACUGACGCCGAAACGGCAGACCUUUUUGCUGGCGUGGAAAAGCAUGGCAUCGGUCGAUGGAAACAGAUUCUGGAUGAUCCAUCUUUCAACUUUCUGGACAGGAAUUCUGUCGACUUGAAAGAUCGGUAUCGCGUCUGCAUCAACGACAGGCCUUCCUCGAGGUCAGACACGAAUUUGAGAGCGGACAGUCCUAUUGCAGAGGCGUCUCCUUCCAUUGAAAUAUUAGGAAUAAGGCACUGUCGCGAAAAGGCUGACCAAAUGAGCUCGGGUCAGGGUUCGAAACAACGUCGUAAGCGCCGUGCUUGGACGGACCGUGAGGACGAGAAUCUCCUGGAAGGCGUGGCCCGACAUGGAUUUCAGUGGACUGCCAUUCACGAUGAUCCAGACCUUGAUCUAUCCCACAGACGAGCAACAGAUCUCCGUGAUCGCAUUCGAAAUAAAUUCCCAGAUGGGUACAAGCACGCUGAGUCUGCGCCGUUGAGAUCUGAGGUCAAGAAGGCAGAGAGAGAAGCCCAAGCCGCCGAACCAACACCAUGGGAUGUCGCCGUUCCCGGGCGAGAGCUUAACGCGACCCAGGCCACCACGAGAGCACAGUGGGAAUCCGAGAACGUGACAGCAACAGACAAAAGCACAACAACUGCACCUCCGACACAACCCCGCUCGAUUCGACCUGGCGAGCUGACUCGUGAUGACGUGGACAAAGACCGUGAGAACAUGCAGGAGGAACACGAUAGGGAAAGAGAAGGGGAGGCUGAAAAGGAGCAACUCCAACCCCCUGUCACAUUGCCCAGUUUUUCACUCGGCUUCUACGAUGACAUGGACUGGGAGGAUAACAGACUUCCCCCUUUACAUGACUGGGACGAGGAUGAUAUUAGUGAUUAGCACGGCCAAACGGCAUAUGCGUUGAAGACUAAGGAAGAAUGGAUGAUUUCCUGGGCGUUUAAAAUUGAUGCUCGGCCGGAUAUGUUAAAGAAGCAUACUGGACAAUGGCGGCAUUGGAUGGGGAUGAGCAUGGAAGGGCAGAGAAGGGAACGGCUCACGCAGCGACAGGGCUGGGCUCAUUUGUAUUAAUCUUUUCUCAAAUUUGUUUUUGGGUUGUUAUACAACCGUGGACGACACAGCGCAGGACAACGGGACCCAGGGAAUGGGAGGAUGGAUAAGGGAAGGAUUGCUAUUGCGUUUGUGAUACCCCUUGUUUUUAUACUUGACUCGAGCCGGGAUAGGAAUGGGACAUUUGGCUGUGGAACAAACGGCUUCGGCUGGAAAUACGUCUGUAUCUAGGUAAUGAACAUCUAUAGGGCUGUAGAGAGGGGCAAUAUAUUUCCUUUCUGAUGUC